AUGACGGAACAUCAACAACGUCGUUGUCCGAGCACUUCGUCUCAGACACAGUCUUCAACAACUUAUCACUUUCAUAAAGGUGCGGAGGAAGAAAACGAAGUUGAACAAAGCUCUUCGUUUGGAAACUUUGUACGCGGGUCUAAACUGCAGGUCAGCUCGAUUCUUGAGGGCGUGAACCAAGUUGGAAAGGGUUGUUUACAGUACUUCCAGUGGCUGGCAGCUAGUAGCAGUUUGUCAUCAGCUAAGGAAGAGGACGUUGUUUCAAUAGAUAGCUGCUCUUCCAGCCACACAUAUUCGCCACCACCUCAAACGAAGAAACAACAUCCAAAAAAUUCAUCGAAACAUACAGUUAAUCACCAUAACAUUACUUUGAAUCCUUUUGCGAUGGCUUCAACGUCAUCAAGCCCUGUCCCAGAGCACUACUAUUCUAUCACUAUGGGAGAAGCUCAAAUGGUAAUACUUAAGAGGUAUCAAAACCUUCGCUUAAUUGGUUCUGGAGCUCAGGGGAUUGUUUGUGCUGCUCAUGAUACCGUUCGAAAUGAAACAGUAGCUAUUAAGAAACUCUCUAGACCUUUUCAAAAUGUAACACAUGCUAAGCGAGCGUAUCGAGAAUUUAAAUUAAUGAAUUUAGUUGAUCAUAAAAAUAUAAUUGGCAUUCUGAAUGCUUUCACUCCUCAGCAAAGUUUGAAAGAUUUCAAUGAUUUGUAUAUAGUUAUGGAAUUAAUGGAUGCCAACUUGUGUCAGGUCAUUCAAAUGGAUCUAGAUCAUGAACGUUUAUCUUAUUUACUAUAUCAAAUGUUAUGUGGGAUUCGUCACUUACACGCAGCUGGUAUCAUUCAUAGAGAUCUGAAGCCAUCUAAUAUUGUUGUGAGAAGCGAUUGUACACUAAAAAUUCUUGAUUUUGGUCUCGCACGCACAGCUGUAGAAGGAUUUAUGAUGACACCAUAUGUAGUAACAAGAUAUUAUCGUGCUCCUGAAGUUAUCUUAGGAAUGGGAUAUAAAGAGAAUGUCGAUGUUUGGUCAAUCGGUUGCAUAUUCGGAGAAUUAGUACGAGGACGAGUAUUAUUUCCUGGUGUUGAUCAUAUUGAUCAAUGGACUAAAAUCAUCGAACAACUUGGCACUCCAGAACGAGAAUUCCUGGAACGGCUACAGCCGACCGUCAGAAACUACGUUGAGAAUAGGCCUAGAUUUUCUUCAACAUCAUUCGAAUUACUUUUCCCGGAUAAUAUGUUCCCUAUGGCAGCAGAUAAUUCCAGACUCACAGCUGCACAGGCGCGUGAUUUGUUAUCAAAAAUGUUGGUUAUUGAUCCCGAACGAAGAAUAUCCGUGGAUGAAGCGCUGCGACAUCCUUAUGUGAAUGUUUGGUUUGAUGAGAGCGAAGUUUAUGCUCCACCACCGCGGCAAUAUAAUCCAGCGGUAGAUGCCGAACAUACAGUUGAAGUUUGGAGAGAAAUGAUUUUCAACGAGCUUCAAGACUAUUCUCGCUCACAUGAUGUCUACGGAUCAAAUUCGGAACGUGGUUAA